AUGGCGCGGACGACCCAGUUCAUCCCGCUGAUCGACGUGGGGGAGAAAGUGGUGGGAUUCCUCCUGGGGAAGGCCGGCAAGAGUGAUAACCAGGUACAGGAGAUGACUGGGGAGGAGAUUGUGGAAUGUUUGGGAAAGCAUGCCCACGCGAACAUCGAUGCCCUCUUGGACGACUUGGACCCGUCCCACAUUCCCCCCGAAGUGACGCGGCCAUCAGUUGACGCCGCCGUGGCGUUGGGGGACUGGUUUGCCAAGAACUUCCAAAUGACGGCGCGCGCCAAGGAGGUAACCAAAGACUUCAUGGAGGCCCGCGCGCGUUUCGCAUCCACGCCGCCCCCCACCCUCGCGUCUGCGGAAAGGCUCGUAGGACAUGAUGUCGUGUCUAAGGUGAACCCCAUGCUGACCUUGCAGCGCAUCGCCAACAAUUGGAACGUCAAAGCUUUCGCGCAGAACCCCUUCACCACCGACGCCGACAUCGGGGCUCUGCAGCUGGAUUACGUCAUUCUGACGCACAUGGGCUUCCUCCUCGUCGUAGCCGGUCGCGUCACUGCGGCUGCGUGCGCGGCCGACAGCGAGAGCUUCGUGAGAACCGCCAACCGUAUGAUGAAGUGGGACCCCAGCGUCGUCCUCCGCGACCUGCGCGAGGUGGUGCCCGAGGGCGCUGCGGGCGCGCGCGAGGAGGGGGACCAAGGCGUGGCCGAUCAGAUCUGCCAAGGCUUGAAGGACAUGCUCGACGGCAAGCCGGUGGAUCUCGACCAGCUCCGCGCUCUGGAGGCCCCUCUCGUCGCCGAGGUGCGCGGCCAGAGCGCGCCGGCGUCGCAGGUGGGCGCCCCUCCGCCCGUGGGCCCGCCGAGCCGGCUGGGCGCCUCGGCCGCGACAGCGUCGGGGCUCACGCAAGCCGCGCUCCCGGCCGCAGACGAGGCAGCAGCAGGAGCUGGGGGCUCUCGCAAAGGGAUGCGCGCUGAGGCCCCGCUGGCGGAGGACAGUUUCGAGGAGGAGCCUGGGCUCAAGAAGAGGAUCCUGGUGUCUAUCCUGAGCAGCGCUCAGAACCCGUACACGGCUGCCAACAGCAAGUCCUCGUCCACUGGGGCCACCCCAGAGGUCAUCGAGAGUUCCAUACGCCUGAUGAUUCGGUUCGCCGACGCCGCUGGCUUCGGAACCCUCCAACACGGAGGGUCCGCGGUGCAAAUGCACCAGGUGCUUGCCGAGCGCAAAGACGCUGUUUACCAGGAGCUCCAAUCACGCUUGGGCCUCACGCCAAAAGGCACAAAGAAGAUGAAGGAUGCAAAUGAUGUUCGGGUGCCGUCGUCGGACUUCGACUUGGCAAACUUCAUGAGCAAGGCCUCCCUUCUGGGGGACAUCUUGAAGAACGCCGCCUGA